AUGGGAGAAAGGACGGCAGAAAGAAAUGAAGUGAAAGGAGACACAGGAAAAUCUGAACGAGAGCCUGAAGGGUUGCUACAGCCUGGCUCAUUCAGGCCCCGAUCUCCCCGAAGCCUCGACGUCCUCAUGGCCUUCAAGCUGAGGCAUCGGCGCCCGAUCCGAGAGGGACGGAAACUAGACCGCUGCGCCAGAGAUGCAGAUUAUAAAGCCUUUGUCCGCAACAGAUCAGAUCAGACAUACACUGGCAGCAUCCUCAUAGCAGUCAACCCCUACAAGGAGCUGGAAAUAUAUGGACCCGACGUGGUGAUGCGGUACCAGGGCCGGAAGCUGCUGGAGGAGGAGCCGCACAUCUUCGCCAUCUCGGAGUCUUCCUUCGUGGCCCUGCAGCGCCUCGACAAGAACCAGUCCUGCGUCAUCUCGGGCGAGUCGGGCGCAGGCAAGACGGAGACGACCAAGUUCAUCCUGCAGUACCUGUGCUCCGUGACCUCCGGGGUCUCGACGUGGGUGGAGCAGCAGAUCAUCGAGGCUAACAGCAUCUUGGAGGCGUUUGGCAAUGCAAAGACAGUUAGAAAUGACAACUCUAGUCGAUUUGGAAAGUUUAUGCAAGUGUGCUUUGACACAUCUUGGCACAUCAAAGGCUGUGUCAUGCAGGACUACCUCCUGGAGCAGUCCAGAAUCACCUUCCAGGGACCUGAAGAGAGGAACUACCACGUCUUCUACCAGCUAGUUGCUGCUGCACAAAAUAACAAGGAAAUCGCAGACCAGUUCCACUUGCGGCCGGCGAGCUUCUACACCUACCUGAAUCAGUCGGGUUGCAUCACCAUAGACGGGGUGGAUGACGUCAAGAAGUUUGAUGGACUCCGACUGGCCUUCAAUGUGCUUCACGUUCCGCCAGAGAUCUGCGAUGGCAUUUUCGGCACGCUGGCUGCUAUUCUGUGGCUAGGCAAUUUGGAGUUCGUAGACAUUGAUGGCGAGAAGUGCGAGUUGAGUACAAGCGACAAGGAGGUGCUGACCAUUGUCGCAGAACUGCUGAAUCUGGAGGAGGAGGACCUGCUGGGCAUUGUUCUUCAGCGCCAGAUUAACAUCAGAGGAAACAUCACUCGCAUUCCACUCAAGCUUGCUGAGGCUCGAGAAAACAGGCAUGCCAUGGCCAAAGCGCUGUAUUCGAGAACAUUUGCUUGGCUUGUUGACCACAUCAACAAGUGCACCAACCCUGGGCAGGACCAGACGAGAUUUUUAGGUGUGCUGGACAUCUUUGGAUUCGAGAACUUUGCAACUAACUCUUUUGAACAGUUGUGUAUCAACUAUACCAACGAAAAACUACACAAAUUCUUUAAUCAUUACGUGUUUGCAUUGGAGCAAGAAAUUUACCGUCAGGAGGAGAUCAAGUUUUCCCACAUCACCUUCACUGACAACACAGAGUGCCUUGAACUGCUCGAAAAGCCUCCAAGGUGCAUCCUCAAACUCUUAUCUGAAGAGUGCCGAAUGCCCAAGGGUGCCGACAAAUCCUACUUGACCAAGCUACACCAAGAAUUUGAUUCCCAUCCGAACUACAUCAAGGGUGAAGACAGAAGAAAGUGGGAAGUGGAAUUUGGUAUCAACCACUAUGCAGGUAAAGUGAUAUACACAGUGAAAGGCUUUGUUGACAAGAACAGAGAUGCACAGCAAGAUGUAUUUUUCGAAUUGAUGAACAAAUCACGGAACAAAUUUGUUGCCGAUCUCAUCAGAUUCCAGGAUCUCCUUGGCUGCACCAUUGCCAGAAUGGGUACCAUACACAGCACAAUCUCCAGAGGAACCUCAAAGGGAAAGCCAACAGUUGCUGAUGCUUUCCGCAACCAACUUCAGGCUUUGGUUGAUGUCCUGCAGUCAACUAAUCCAUGGUAUGUUAGAUGCAUUAAGCCAAACAAAAGCAAAUCCGCUGACUCCUACGAUGAACUGAUGGUGCUCGACCAGCUGCGGUAUUUGGGCAUGAAUGAUAUCAUCAGGAUCCGCAAGGAAGGAUUCCCUAUUCAUAUGACCUUCACAGAUUUCAUCACCAGAUACUUUUGCCUAAAUAAGAAGCGCAGACAUCCGACGCCAAAAGACCAUGUGAUUGACAUCAUGAAGGGUCAGAAUUUACCGCCAAGGGAGUGGCAAGUUGGCAAGAGCAAAGUAUUCAUCCGGCAGAAGGUGUAUGAGCCACUAGAAGACCAGCGAGUCACCACAAUGCGUGAUGCAGCCGUCAAAAUCCAGGCCGCAUAUCGCAUGCAUAAGCAUAGAAUGGAAUAUAACAGGAUACGAGCAGCAUGUAUAAACAUCCAGAAUCGCUACCGUGGCUGGAGGCUACGACUGGUAUUCCUGAGAAAGAGGAGGGCGGCAGUGAUUAUUCAGUCUAAUGUCCGAGGAAUGUUUGCCCGAGAGGUUGCAAAUGCCCUUCGUGAAAUGAAGCGAAUUGAGGAGGAACAGCGGAGACGAGAGAAGCUGGAGGAGGAGAGACGGCAGAGGGAAGAGGAAGCCCUUAAGCUGGCAGAAGACGAGGAGAAGAGAAAAGAGUUGGAGGAGGCGCAGAGCAAACAAUAUGAUGGGCUAGCAGCUGUAGGGGAAGGGAAAGUCGAGGAGGAGAUGGCCACACUCUCCAACAUGGCCGAGACGGUGAACACGCGCCUGGCCACCUCCGGCCCCACCAAUCCAGACGACGCAUCUCAGGGCUCAGGAGAAGGGGUCGACCUCGACAAUCUGUUCUCCUUCUUAUCCAACAUGGAAUCAGAGAGACAUGUCCUUGAUGAAAUAUCUCGGCAGAUGGAAGAACUUGCCGACAAUGUGGAAGAGGAGAUCGAAGCUCUCAACCGCAGCGAAGGGGAAGGACAGGAAUCCCCUCUGCCUCCGCCUCCACCCCCCCACGCCCCAGAUUCUCUCCCUCCUCCUCCGCUGCCUCAGGACCUUGUUUCCCCCCCACAAGUCGCGGAACAAACGCCACCUCCUCCGCCAGCGUUGUCCAUGCCCCCUCAUCCAGUCCCAGGGGCGGCAGAGCAGAAGGGUAACAGAGAGAGUGGGGACAGCCUGCCUCCUCCACCUCCGCCACAGUUUGGUUGUUGCCCUCCACCUGCUCCUCCAGAGGAAGAGGUUGAGUUAAGAAGACCUCGAGAACAUUCUCUAGAACGUCGUCGAAGAGCCUCGGGUCAGAAGCGGCCUUCGAGAUCCCCAUCUGCUCGAAGCCCCUCACGGGUGUCACGAUCCGGUACAAGAAGUCCUGUGCAGCGGGUGAGCAGUCGCAACAAUGGCGUGGUUGAAGACCCAGACAGAGUUGAACGUCGGAAGCAGAGAGUUGAGCGCAAGCUUCACGAACUGGAGGAGCUUGAGGAGAACAAAGAGAACGAGAGCCAGAAUCAUUUUGAUAUGAUUGAGUUUGCAGAAAAGUAUUUCAAUAAUCAUGAACGUUCGCCUGAGGGCACCAUCAUGUCUACACUGACCCGCAAACGUUCCACAGCAGAGUUCCUUCCCAAGUAUGAGCUGAUCACGUAUUCUCGCUCCUCCAUCAUCCCUACCUCUCAUGUCCACCUUUAUGACCCAGAAAACAUCAACCUUGCUUGCACAAUCUUUAGGGACUUAUGCAAAUACUGCCGAGGAGAACUAAAACCCGAGCAAGAGAUAACAACUAUCCAGAACAUUAUCGCUCAUGGCCUGGAGCGGGAGGAGCUGCGCAACGAAAUCUUCGUCCAGUGCAUGCGGCAGGUCACCAAUAACCCGAGCACAGAAUCACUGGAACGGCUUUGGCUGAUGUUGUGUCUGUGUGUUGUGGCUUUCCAACCGGGAAAACUUCUUCAUAAGUAUUUUGUAAGCUUCCUUCAAAAGAGCCUUAGCCUUGAUGGAAAGCUGCGGCAGUAUGUGCAGUGGUGCCUCGAAAACUGUAAAAAUACGAAGGUCAGUUGCAGAAGACUGCCACCUUCCUCAGUGGAGAUUGCAGCCAUGAAAAAACUUGGAACCAUUGUGUGCAGAUUCUUCUUCCUGGACGGCCGCACCAAGGCCAUUGAUGUCCAUCCAAGGGACACUGCUGGUGAUGCCAUGCAGAAGCUUGCAGACCGGCUUGGACUGGCGAAUUUAGAGGGCUGGGCAAUAUAUGAAUCUGGUCUGGAUGGAGACAAGCACGUAAAGAUCCACGAGUAUCUGUACGAUGUGAUAUCAUCUUGGGAAACGAAACAACAAAAGGUUGGAAGUUCAAGCAACUAUGGAACUCUCAAUAAACGCUCCUCACAAACGGUCAGUUCUGGGGAGAACAGAUUUGUUUUCCGCAAACGUCUCUUCCGCUCUCCUCGGGAAAUUCCAAGCGAUCCAGUGCAAGUGAACCUGUUAUAUGCUCAGGCAGUAUAUAGUGUAGUAAGAGCUGAUGACUUCCCAAUCAAUGAAAAAGUAGCUCUUCAGUUGGCUGGGCUCCAGGCACAGGUAGCACUCGGUGAUCCAAAGGAUGGCAAGACUGAAUUCUAUGCCGAUAUUCAGUCCUACCUGCCAGCCCGCAUAGCUCAAGGAAGAAAGCAGGCUGAAUGGAUACCAGUGCUUGGACAGGCACACAGGCAGUAUGGCACCGGCAAGACAGACAUCGUGGCUAAAGUGUGGUAUCUGACUUGUGUCAUGCAGUUCCCUCUCUAUGGAACUACAAUGUUCCAAGUCUCAUAUAGAGGUUACUGGUCUUACGGCAACACGCUUAUCCUGGGAGUGAACUGUGAUGGCAUUGCUAUGAUUAAACCAGAUGACAAAUUCAUCCUUUAUGAGUAUAGAUACUGUGACAUAGAAUCAAUCUUUUUAGACCCAAGUGACAACUUCAUCACUAUAAACCUGUUAAGAACUCUGCCAGAUGCGCAUAAAUGCUUUGUUUUUGAAACCAAAGAAAAGGAAGAAAUAGGCUUCCUUAUAGCUAGUUAUUCUCCACUUCUGGCAUCUUGGAUAAAAGACAUGGACUCUAACAAGAAGGUGAAGCAGAUUACGGGUGAAGAUCGAAUACGGUUGUAUUACAACCUGGUGCAUGCGCGGCGGCAGAUCAUUGAUGCCAACAUCCUCAGGAAACCUCAGGACCAGGGCGGGAACUUCUUCGUCAGUACGCUGAGGAGAUUGAACAAGCAGAAGCUAGAGAAGCUGCGACAGGAUUAUGGGGAGAAUUCAGAGACAUACAAGGGCUUCCACCACAUGUUCUGGGCAUUCUCCAAGACUUCUUUGACUCAGACUCUCACAAAGAUCGCAACGCCAGAGGUUGAGCAGCAGGCACUCCAGAUCUCUCUUGCCAUCCUCACCUAUGCGGGGCUUAAUCCUAAUGCUGAAGCAGCAGUAACAAGUGACGACCAGCAACUGACAAUGGUUCAGGGUGUGGUGGAGCAGUGUAUGAAGCGAGACCUCCUUCUUAACGAGACUUAUCUCCAGCUCAUCAAACAAACAACAGAUCAUCCAGAUCCAAAUUCGCGGGUAAACUUACGGCAUUGGUCCUUGCUGACUUUGUUCUGCUCCGUCAUUCCCCCAACUGACAAGUGUGUGAGAAAGUACCUCCGUGCACACCUACAGCGCUGUGCCACAGACUAUGUGUCCGAAGAGGGAAAGUAUGCUCGUUAUGCUGAGAAGUGUCUUGUUAAAGCUCUGAACAAUCGGCGUCGGCAGUGGGCUCCCUCAAAACAGGAGAUCUUAUGUACAAUAAAUCGCAGACCAAUAUAUGCUCGCUUCCAUUUCAUGGAUGGACAGUUCCAUUCAUUGGAGUUUGAUGCAUCAGCAACAACAGCAGAUGUUGUUGAUCUAAUCAAACACAAGAUUGGACUCAAAGAAACCACCAAAGGCUAUGCCAUUUAUGAGAUGUUGGGGACGACAGAAAGGUGCAUAUUGAUGGAAGAGGUCCUGGCAGAUGUAAUGUCCCGGUGGGAGCGUUACAGGCAGUCUACUGCAGCCACUCAACACCACAACCAUCACAUAUUCCUGUUUAAGAAACACCUACUUCUUGAGCAGUGGAUAGACCUGAGUGACAAUGUGGAGAAAGAACUCCUUUACUUCCAAGUCCUCUAUACACUCCGUGCAGAUAAAUUCCCUGUCACGCAGAUGGAAGCGGUGAUGCUGUGUUCCUUGAGAGCCCAGAUAGAACUAGGAAACUUUACGGCAAACAUGGACUACGGCGAGGUGAUAGCUCACACUCUCUCCCCACGCUUGCUGACCAGUGUGACCCAUGAGUCUGUGGCAAUGCACCAUCAGAGCCUCUUCAACAUGGAUUCACAGGAAGCAAAGCAAGCCUUCCUUAACCUUAUUAAGUCUUGGCCACUGCAUAGAGCUACAAUAUUUGAUGUUACACAAUCCUUUACUUCCAACUGGCCAAAGGUCCUGUGGCUUGCCAUUGACGAGAAUGGAGUGCAUCUCCUUGAGCAUCGGUCCAGGAACGUGUUGUGCACCUACGAAUAUGACUACAUACUGAAUUACUCAGCCUCCAUUACUGCGCUUAUGAUCAUUACAGGAUCUACAAGGAAGCAGAGCAAAAUAAUCCUCAAUACAACUCAGGCUUUCAUGAUUGCAACCUUAAUCAAAGAUUAUACUGAAGUUCUGAGAGAAAGCAUGGGUGGUGCACCACCAGAGCCCCCCCCUCAUGGGGGCAUUCUGGCACAGCCCAUGAUGGAGGAAGGAACAGUUCUUCACCAGCAGCAGCAGCAGCAGCAGCAGCAACCGCAGCAGCAACCCAGACGGCACCGCCCUCCCAGCAUCAUGGCCAGGCCGCCUCCAACUCUCACAGAGGAGCUGGUCACUCAAUGAUGUGCUUCUCAAUGCUAAUGGUUUUCAAAUAUUUCUAGUUUUUUGAGUGGGAACUUAUCCUCAGUAUUUUUAUGACGCUUGGUAAUACUCAGACAUGUCGAGAUAUGUUCAUGAAUUGCCCCAUCUAUUUUGUCCCUGAUAUUUGCUAGUUUCACUGUUGGAUAUUUCAGAUAUUUCCUAUUCUUCUACAAUCUGGGUUGUGGUCAGGUGUUUAGGGAAAUUGUAAAGAUGUUAGUAGUAAUCUAAACAGGGAAGUAAAGUGCCAGAAUAAAAAAAGUAUUUUUUAAAAGAUUUUAAUGAUAAAUGUUUGCAUGGUUAAGUUUGGAAUUAAACUGCAAGCAGUUUUUGUCCUGUAGAAGUUGAGAUGACAAUUUGAAUCAAAUGCCCAACAGGAAGAUUUGGCUAAAAUUUGUUUACAGUUUUAAUAGAAACAAAAGAUGUAGUCUAUUAAUGACAUAAGACUGGCCUCAAAGUUAUUUUCCCAGAUGAUUAUACCUUUGUUGAGACAUAUGUGCAAAAGUUAGACUUAUUCGUAGGAACUCUGAUUUCAGUUAGCAGUGAGUCCACGUGCUAUCAACAUAUUACAAGAACCAAAAACGUAACAUUGAUAUUGUAGAAGCCUAAGAAAUAAUUCUGCUUGAAAUAUGUAUAUAUAGGUGUAUGAGAGGCUAUUAUCAGUUUAACUGGGAUGCGAGCGCUGUUCGUGUGACUGCGAAUGUAUAUUCACUGUAAGUGUGUAUAUGUGUAUACACAUGAUCACGAGUGUCUGCGUGUGUAUCUGUGUGCACCUGUGUAUGUGUGUAUCUAUGCAAAUAAUGCAUGAACCUUCCUUUGGGUCUUGAUAUAGGUGGACUCUUCUCUUCCAUGCACUAACUUGCUCAAGAGCUUCAACAGUAGUCAGUUUGUUACCCAUCAUUCCCGUGGGGUGGGAACCAGUCACCUGCCUCGCUGUGUGUCGUAUGUUGUGCCAAGUGUAGGCCCUUGUUUUCGUUUAGCAAAGAUGCUUUAAGCAUGAGUGUUUGUUAUGAAUGAUAAGUGGUUUUAUCAUGUAUUUAGAUGAUCUGUGGAUGAUUUUCAUGGAGAAAGAUUAUUUAUGAUAUAUUCCAUUUGUACAAAUAAUUUCAUUUUCAAAUUAUGAAGAUAUACUUUUAUAGAAAUAUAUACUAUAUACAGAAAUACUAGAUUGCCUUCAGGAGUUCAUUUGAAUUGCCCUGAAGUCUGGGCAGAAUGUAAUAAACAUGAUAUCCACUUUCUGUUUUGGAUCUGUUUUAUUAAAACAAACAAAUGUUUUUUAAUGUGGACACACACACACGCACACACGCACACACACACACACACACACAGAGUCCCAUGAUCUGCGUAUUCCUUUGUUUUUACAAGACCAAAAAAUGAGAACAAAGUAGGCAAAUUAAAUAUUUUAGCAUUUCCACCAAAAACGGAGAUGCCGCUGUGAAUUCAGAUGCAACCAUCAUAUCUCUUGCGCCUAAUUAUAUAAAUAAGUAUUGUGAUUGGCCACCACUGCCUCGCUCAGCCAAUCAAAACACUUGCUUAAGACAUGGAUAUGCACAAACAUUUUUAUGUCA